AUGGAGCAAGAGGCUAUGAGAAAGAAACUCUUCUCUCAGUGGACGCACAACCCCAAUGAGAUGACCAGCAAAGAGUACCACAAGAUGUUGAGCAGAAUGCACAAGCUCGCAAGAUCCUCCAUGCCAGGAGAUUUGAAGCCAGGAGACACAUUGGCCACCAUGCAGUACAUGCUUGAGGCCAUCCAAGGCACCCAAGGCACCCAAGGCACCCAAGGUAAGGAGGGUGAAAGCAAGAAGCCAGAAAAGUUGGAGAAGAGGCCUUCCUCAAAAAUUGAUAAGGAGGAUGAGCUGCUCCUGCCCUUCGCAACAUGGCAUCAAUGUAUGAGCGGAAAGCUGCGACCUGAAGUGGAAGAACAAACCAAGAAGGAAGCCAAGGAAGCAAAGGAAGCCAAGGAAGCGAAGGCCAAAACCAAGGAUGUGAUCGGCAUCGCGGCAACAGGCAUUGAAACAAAGAUGUUUCACAUUGGGCCCUCGAGCAAUCUUGGGCUUCAUAGGGAGGAUAUGCAAAUAGCAAGGUAUCGGUAUGGCGUGCACACCAUUGUGGCGUGCCCUGGACGCUUGAACGACUUCCUGGAGGGUGGGCAAGUGCGACUCGAUGGUGUGUCUUGCCUAGUUUUGGACGAGGCUGAUCGCAUGCUUGACAUGGGUUUUGAGCCCCAGAUUCGCAAGAUCCUUGCGAGGAUCCCACGCAAUCGACAUACCAUGUUCUUCACUGCGACAUGGCCACGAGAGGUACGAAACUUGGCUUCUGACAUUCUCUACCAUCCCUACAAGGUGAUGAUUGGAAACCGGGAUGAGCUGAAGGGGAAUCAGGACAUCAUCCAGCAGGUGAGGUUCGUUGAUGGAUACAGCAAGGAGAAGGCCAUCGUCGACAUCUUGCAAGAGGCAGGCCUGAUGGACCGCUGGAGCAACGGCAAAGCCCUGGUCUUUGCUGGAACCAAGAGAGAAUGCGAAAGGCUCUCACAAAAUCUCUACAGGGCUGGUGUGCCAUGCUCUUCUAUCCAUGGUGACAAGGACCAGCGGGCGCGUGACGAAGCCUUGGGAGGGCUGAAGUCUGGCAAGUUGAAGGUUCUGGUUGCAACCGACGUGGCAGCACGUGGGCUUGACAUCAAGGGUGUUGGGCUGGUGGUCAACUAUGAUGCAGCCAACAACACCGAGGACUAUGUCCACCGUAUUGGACGAACUGGCCGUGCUGGGCAGAAAGGCUUUGCCGCAGGGACCUUGAACAUGUGGCCAGAUCUGGUGGCAAGGAUGACCGAGGACGCUGGGGUGGAGGUGGAGGUGGACGCGGCGGUCGCCCUGGAGGUGGUGGCGGUGGCAGCUGGGGCUUUGCUAGAGCCUUACAGCACUUACAGCGGUCAUGUUGGUUUGCAGAGUUUCUUCCCUGACUUUGACAGCCGAGAUCCCACUAUGUCAAGACCCCUGCGCGGCGUUUUUGUCUUGGUGUCUGUGCUGACAUCUUUGCUCAGUGAUUGGAGCUUUGCAGCACCCUUGAGCCGUACACGGAUCACCACCGAGGCUGGUGCCAGUCCGGAAUUGGUGUCAGUUGCUUCGCCUAGCAGUUUUGCAGGAAGAAGUUUUCAGCAUGGAGCAAAGGCUCAGGACAAAGUUCCAGAGGAGACCUCUCGCUCCGAUGCCGUAUCUUUGGCCCUGGCAGCCGCAGGUUGUGCAGUCGCCAUGCGUGCAGCUUCAGCCGCAGCUGAGACCUCUGAGACCUCUAAGGAGCCCGAGAAGAGCUUUAUGGACAAAUUUGGUGUUGUUGUCUACAUCGCCAUGUGGUACAUUUUUAACAUUGGAUACAAUAUCUACAACAAGAAGGCUUUGAUCUCCUACCCAUUCCCCUGGGCUUGCGCAAUGUGGCAAAUGUGCUUCGGAUGGCUGAUCUUUGUUCCUCUCUGGCUCUUGCGCAUCCGCAAGACUCCAAAGCUUUCUGUCUCUCAAGCAGUCACCUUGGCACCUGCAGCGUUGGGCCACCUGGCCACUCACGUUGGUGCUGUGAUCGCCUUCUUUGCUGGCGCAGUGUCUUUCGGACAUAUUGUGAAAGCCUCUGAGCCGGUGGUGUCCUCCUUCCUGAAUUUCGCCUUCCUGGGUGAGGUGAUGCCAUGGCAAGUCUAUGCAUCUCUCUUGCCCAUCAUUGGCGGUGUUGGUUUGGCAAGCGCAUCUGAGCUCUCUUUUAACUGGCUGUGCUUUGGAGCUGCUAUGGGCUCCAACUUGGGCUCGGCAUCCAGAGCCGUGUACAGCAAAAAGGUGAUGAAAGGAGACAUCGGUGAGAACAUGGACUCCAGCAACACUUUCUCUGUUUUGACCAUCAUGGCCACUUUCAUGCUGGUCCCCAUCAGCCUCGCCAUCGAGGGACCCACAGCCAUGAUCAAGGGCUUCAAGGUGGCCUUUUCGGCGGGCGGCAUGAACUUCAUGUGGCAGAUACUUAGCGGAUUCUACUACUACAUGUACAACGAGGUUGCCUUCCUUGCGCUGGGCAAGCUGGACCCAGUGUCGCAUGCAGUGUGCAACACCAUGAAGCGGGUCGUGAUCAUCAUUACGGCCAUCUUUGUGUUCCGCAACCCAGUCACUCCACUUGGAAUCCUUGGCAGCUCCAUUGCCAUUGCAGGCACACUGGUUUACUCCUUGGCGAAGAACAAGUAUGCAAAGAAGUGAGUUUUGGUUUGAGUUUCUCCGGAUUGCAUGCAUAUUUUUUCAGCUCGCCGCUGCAUGCGAAGCGUGCCGUGGCAUUUCUUGGCGAAUUGCUUAGCUUGCUUUCGGGCAG